ACAUGUGGAGGAGGUAAGAAGAGGAUUGUUGCCGAGGACUCAUUGAGCUGUCAGAGAUAACGCCGCUCAGCGACUCUUACCUACCUGGACUUUCACUGCCAUGGACUAAACCCGCUGUGGAAAUGAUCCCGUGCUGACCCACUUCCUCUCGCCUUUCUUCCUCCCGCUCUACCGCGUUCUCUCAUUCCUGCCAGGUGAAUCAAAGUGGAGAAACCAUGUCGGACAAAAUGUCUAGUUUCCUCCACAUUGGUGACAUUUGUUCCCUGUAUGCAGAGGGCUCCACCAGUGGAUUUAUCAGCACUUUGGGGCUUGUGGAUGACCGUUGUGUUGUUCAGCCAGAUGCAGGGGACCUCAAUAAUCCACCCAAGAAGUUCAGAGACUGCCUUUUCAAGCUGUGUCCCAUGAACAGAUAUUCAGCACAGAAGCAGUUCGGGAAAGCAGCAAAACCAGGAGGCAACAGUACUACGGACACAGUGCUGCUCAAUAAACUUCAUCAUGCUGCAGACCUUGAGAAGAAGCAGAAUGAGUCUGAAAACCGCAAGCUGCUGGGAACUGUCAUCCAGUAUGGAAAUGUGAUUCAGGUGUGUUGCUACUGA